CUUUCAUUUUAUGUCUAUUGCAAAUAUUUAUCAUUCUGAAGAUUGUCCAUUAAAAUCACUUUUUUUUGCAGUGACCGACAACCCGAUGAUAAAUGAAGGUCUUUUUCAAGGUGACAUAAUGGGUAUAGAUCCGAAUACGGAUAGGAAUGCUAUUGCACUUGAUUCCCAACGAUGGAAUGGAGGUGUUAUUCCGUACGUUAUUUCUCCAGAACUAAGUUCAUUGACGGAAUCAAUACAAAAGGUAAUGGAUCACAUACAAGUCCAUACAUGCCUUCGCUUUGUACAGCGUACUCAUGAGCAUGACUAUGUCGAUAUCUUUAAAGACAAUGGGUGUUACUCCUACGUAGGAAGAAUCGGAAGAGGAGGGCAAAAAUUGUCUUUGGGACCAGGCUGUGAAUCUUUUGGAGUUAUUUUGCAUGAGUUGUUGCAUGCUGUAGGAUUCCAUCACGAGCACAUGAGGUCCGAUAGAGAUGAUUAUAUCAUCAUAAAUUGGGAAAACAUCGAUCAAAAAUGGUAUUACGCAUUCGAGAAAUUAAGGCCAGAACAGAACCGACUUCUGACAGAGUUUGAUUAUGGUUCAAUAAUGUUGUAUGGUAGCAACUCCUUUGCCAAAGUUUGGGGCCAGCAUAGUAUGACAGGUAAAGAUGGUAGACUUCUAAAAGAAAAUUGGGAGAAGUAUUCGCUGUCUACACUAGAUGCAAAGAGAAUAAAAAUGUUGUAUGAAUGCCCAUAAUCUUUGUAAAAAAUUACCAAUAAAGUUUUAAAGAAAACAUUAA